AUGGCUUCCGUAGACGUCGACGUGGGCGUGACGCCCUCCACCACCUACUCUCUCGCAGGCAAGCAACUCAAAUUUGACUCCAAAAAAGAUAUCGACGCCUACCUCCCCGACCUCGUGGCCAUGUCUAAGGUUUCCAAGAUCGACUUCAGUGGUAACACCAUCGGUAUUGACGCCUCCGAGGCCUUGAGUGCCGCCAUUCUCAAACACAAGGAUUCCAUCGUGGAGGUCAACUUUUCGGAUUUGUACACGGGCAGAUUGAAUACAGAAAUCCCUCAGUCGUUGGAGUUCUUGUUGCCUGCAUUGUUGCAAUGUCCAAACUUGAAGAUCGUCAACUUGAGCGACAACGCCUUUGGCUUACAGACUAUUGAUCCAAUCGAGGAUUACCUCCAGAAGGCUGUAUCCGUGGAGCACUUGAUUUUGUCCAACAACGGUAUGGGCCCUUUUGCUGGUGCUCGUAUUGGUAAGUCGUUGUUCAAGUUGGCCAAGGCCAAGCAGAAUGCUGGCAAAUCCUCGUUGAAGACGUUCAUUUGUGGUAGAAACAGAUUGGAGAAUGGCUCCAUUAACUACUUGGCCAUCGGCUUGAGAAACCAUAGCGACUUGCAAACGGUCAGAUUGUACCAAAAUGGAAUCAGACCCGCCGGUAUUGCCAAGUUGAUUUCCCAGGGUUUGUCCAAGAACAAGAAGUUGAAGGUCCUCGACUUGCAGGAUAACACCAUUACAACCACGGCUGCUAUUCCUUUGGCACAGUCGUUGGCUGCUUGGACUGACUUGGAAGAGUUGAAUUUGAACGAUUGUUUGUUGAAGCCAAAGGGUUCUUUGGUGGUUAUGGAUCAUCUUGGCGACGGCCAUGUCAAGGAGCACUUCCAUACAUUGAAGUUGCAGUACAAUGAGUUGGAGGUCGAUGCAUUGGAGAGAUUGGUGCACGUGGCUACCAAGAAGUUGCCCAAAUUAAAGCUUUUGGAGUUGAACGGAAACAGAUUCGACGAGGACUCUGAACAUGUGGAGGCAUUGACUGCGCUUUUUGAGGAUAGAGGCUUUGGUGAACUUGACGAGUUAGACGACUUGGAGGAAAUCGACAGCGAGGACGAGGAUGAAGACGACGACGAGAACGAGGACACCUUCGAGGACGUUGACGUGGAGUUGGACCAAUUGGAGAAGGAGUUGGAGGGCCAAUCUGUGGAGGACACGGACGCUUCUGUGGACGACAUUGCUUCGGAGUUGGCCGGCACUCACAUCAAGUAG